UCAGUGCGCCUUAGUCGCGCCAUGCAACUCACAAAACCGAAUUACAUAAUCUAAAAUUAAAAACAUUAGCAGUGACAGUGCCAUAACGUUGUAGUGAAACUUGAGUGAUUAGUUUAGUGUAGUGUGAGAACUCAGUGAACUCAGCGAGCCGACGGAAUGAACUUAAUAUAGGUAUCUCAUUUCUUCACACGCUUAGCGUCGCUGCCUACUUUUGCAUCAAUUACAUGAAUUUGAAACAUUUAUUUUAUUUACAGACGUGAUAAAACAUUUAUUAAUCGGUGUCCAAGAAAUGAAACGGAAAAGGUGCAGCAGUAGGUCGGGCGUCACGUGGUGACGUGUUGUCUCCCUCUAACCAUGUCCCCAGACGACGUCGCCACCAUGCGCUACGUACUCUUCUGUCUUCUGUCCUUAUCUUUCAAUAGGAACCUCGCGUUCGUGCUCGACAAGCAGAAUCCGUAUUCGCAGUUUCGUAAAUGGAACGCGGGCCUGAAUGGCACACUUGAGUUGGAGUUUAAAACGGAUCAGCCGAACGGUCUGCUUUUGUAUACGGACGAUGGUGGCACAUACGACUUUUUCGAACUGAAACUAGUGAAUGGUGCGUUGAGAUUAAGGUACAACCUGGGUGGCGGGGCUCAAAUUAUAACGGUCGGCAACAAUCUCAACGAUGGACACUGGCAUAAAAUCCAGGUGGCCCGUCGUGAUGAACAUACCUCCCUCAUGGUGGACGGCGUCACGCAGAGUAAGACGUCCAGAGGCAAGGAGUUCGUAUUCGGGAAGUUCAACACAAACUCCGACGUCUUCGUUGGGGGAAUACCGCCUUCAUACAACGUGAAGUUGACAACCCUAGCAUUGCCUUCAGUGAUAUUUGAACCGAAGUUCCGGGGAUCAGUUAGAAACCUGGUGUAUUCCGAUCUACCUGGACAACCACCAAGGAGACAAGAGUUGCGACAUUCCAGGGAUUUAAAGUCAUCCCGUACAAGCAACGCCAGUGGAGAUGCGUGCGAACGCCGCGACCCCUGUCAGCACGGCGGUGUCUGCAUCAGUACAGACGACGGGCCAAUAUGCGAGUGCCGGGACGGUGAUUAUGAAGGGGCCUUCUGUGAAAGAGAUAAAGCGCCAUCGGAGGCUACGUUCCGUGGGGCGGAGUUUCUAUCGUACGACCUGACGCAGACCGGAGGGGAGCCCAUAGUGAGCACACAGGACGCCAUAUCGCUAUACUUCAAGACUCGUCAGCCUAAUGGCCUGCUCUUUUAUACCGGUCACGAGGCUGACUAUCUGAACCUCGCGGUCCGGGAUGGUGGCGUCUCCCUCACCAUGGGACUUGGGAAUGGGAAGCAAGAGAUUCAUAUCAAGCCAGCGAAGACGAGGUUCGACGAUCACCAAUGGCACAAGCUGACAGUACACAGGAGAGUGCAAGAGAUAACGCCGCACACCAGUUUUUGCAGGGUGUCAGCCGUCGUUGAUGACGUCUAUCUAGAACAUUCGCAUGUGGCUGGUUCCUUCACGAUGCUGGCCAGUUCCAGAGCGCAUGUCGGGGGGUCGUUGAACGCGAGGGCCUUGCCUGGUGCACGGGUUCAUACGAACUUCAUCGGAUGUUUGAAAAAGGUGGAGUUCUCAGCUGAUACGCUACGUCUGAACCUCAUAGACCUGGCGAGGACCGGCAGCAAGCUGAUCACAGUCACCGGACGCCUGGAGUACGCAUGCACGGCUAUCGACUCUGCGGAUCCUGUAACUUUCACAACCAGAGACGCCAAUCUGAUCUUACCAAAAUGGGAAGCAGUGAAAUCUGGCACAAUCUCCUUCAAGUUUCGUACCAACGAGCCGAAUGGACUGAUUCUUUUCAACAUGGGCGCCAAACCACCAAGGGUAGGUUGCACGGCGGAUCUGUUUGCAGUUGAGAUGUUGAAUGGUUACAUAUACGUGCAUGUCGACCUUGGCUCUGGCGGAGUCAGGGUUAGGGCAUCUAGAAGACGAGUGGACGACUCCCAUUGGCACGAGUUUAUGAUGAGAAGAAGCGGCAGAGACGGAAGGGUCACUGUAGAUGGCGCUAAUGCUGAAUUUAAAACGCCUGGUGAAUCUAAUCAGUUAGAAUUGGACGGUCCCCUGUUUGUGGGUGGUCUGGGCUCGGAGUACUCCGCGUCGAGGACACCGCCAGCCCUCUGGACUGCAGCGUUGAGGCAAGGCUUUGUAGGUUGUAUACGAGAUUUGGUAUUAAAUGGAAAACCUCAAGAUCUCAGCGCAUACGCUCGGCAACAGGAUUCCGCGUCAGUCCGUCCAGCGUGUCAUGUGCUGAUGAAGCAAUGCGUUAGCUCUCCUUGCCAGCAUGGAGGUGUCUGCUCUGAAGGUUGGAACAGACCUUUGUGCGACUGUUCUGCCACUAAUUAUGGAGGACCGACGUGUGGAAGAGAAUCGCCAACAAUCUUCCUAAAUGGUAGUCAGCAUCUCACAGCGUCAUUAGGCCCUGAGCACAUAACGCAGACAGAAGAACUGAUGUUGCGGUUUAGGACCAAUCGAGCUGGACUCUUACUACGGACGGCUUCAGAACAUUCAGCUGAUAGGAUCGAGCUGGCUGUCGCCGCUGGAAGAGUCAGAGCCAGUGUCAGGCUAGGAGAUCGUGAGAAGAAUCUUUUAGCUGGCUCGAAUGUGGCAGACGACAAUUGGCAUACGGUUAGGUUCUCCCGAAGAGCUUCAAACUUAAAGCUGCAGGUGGAUGGUGCCCAGCCAGUACGCGGUAUGUUAUCUGAAACAAUACUAGGUAAAGCUUCUACAUUGGAAAUAUCAACGUUACACCUUGGAGGCCUAUAUCAUCCAGAAGAAGAAAUACAGAUGACGUCAACAUUACCAAACUUUGUUGGAUAUCUUCAAAAGUUUGUAUUCAAUGGAAUAAGAUAUAUAGAUAUGGCAAAAACGUUAGGAAUCGGCAGCGAAGAUGAGAGUAACAAUAUAUAUGACACUUCAAAUAUAAUAUUCAAUGGUAAAUUUGUAAAACCAGAUUCGUUGAAUGUAUACAAAUCUGUUACUUUUAAGUCGAAACAUACGUAUGUUGGAUUGCCAUUAUUAAAGGCGUACGGUAAUACAUAUCUAGACUUUUACUUCCGUACAACUGAAAUGGACGGUCUGUUGUUUUACAAUGGUGGUAAGAAACAAGAUUUCAUAGCUGUAGAGUUGGUGAAUGGACAUAUUCACUGUGUGUUUAAUCUGGGCGAUGGUGUUGUUACGAUGAAGGAUAAGUUAAAGAAUUUCCUGAACGAUAAUAGAUGGCACACAGUAUCUGUUAGAAGACCAACGCCAAAAAUACAUACGUUGCAAGUUGACGACGAUUUGGAAAUGCAUACUACUAGUUCGAAUUUAAUGUUAGAAUUAGACAGUAUAUUGUUCGUGGCCGGUGUACCGAGAGACAUGUACUCUUCAUUACCAGUGGGAGUACUAUCUCGACAAGGCUUCGAAGGAUGUAUCUCAAGUUUAGAUUUGCCUGGAGAGUCACCUUCGUUGACUGAUGAUGCUGUUGUGCAAAGUUCUUCAAUAGUAUCUGGAUGCGAGGGACCAACAAAAUGCACGCAUAACGCGUGUGCGAACAAGGGUGUAUGUGUGCAACAGUGGAACACAUACGUCUGUGACUGCGAUCUCACCUCCUUCACGGGGCCCACAUGCUACGAUGAGUCAAUAGCCUACGAGUUUGGUCCUGGCCGUGGCAUUAUCACAUACACGUUUCCGUCCAGCUCGGUAGCGGACACGGAAACGGAUAAAGUAGCUCUUGGAUUCGUUACUAGUAAAGCUGACGCGGUAUUACUACGGAUCGAGUCUUCAAACACACAGGACUAUAUGCAGAUGGAAAUUAUCCGUGGCAACCUCUUCAUGGUGUACAACGUCGGUGGCGGUGAUCAUCCCCUUGGUGAUGAAGCAGCAAGGGUUGACGAUGGAGCAUACCACGUAGCCAGGUUCACAAGGAACGGCAGUAGGUCUGCUUUGCAACUGGACAAUUAUGCUGUCAAUAUCCGACAACCUCAAGGUGGCCAACAGUCUACUAUUUUUAACAGUAUGUCGACAAUCACUGUGGGGGGAGGGACUGGUGGUUCUCGAACGUUCAGUGGUGUGAUCGCUGGGUUAGCUGUUAAUAGUGUACGGGUUCUAGACCUUGCAGCUGCUGGUGAUCCAUCAGUUUCAGUUAGAGGAGACGCGAGGAGAGCACAUACGCCACUAGAUAGGGAUAUAAAUAGAAUGCAGCAGACACCACCUUCAGGAUAUGGCGGUCCGGGAGUAUUGGAUGAACUAGUAUACUCAGGUGCUGGGUCUGGCUGCAGAGACGACGAUGAAGAUGCCUGUGUGCUUCCAGACGCGGGGUCUGGUGAUGAUUUAAUAACACCCGUUUACGUACCGUCCACAAGGCGUCCACCUUCAAGAGUGUAUAAGGGUGAUGCAAGCGGUAAACUAAUGAAGCCUUGUGAUGACGAAGACUGUAUUGAAGGAUCAGGCUCAAAUGGGGAGGAAAUCACUGAACCAGAACAUCCUAUGACAACAUCCGGAGCAAGCAGCACCCAUAGUAUGACAUCUCCUACCGUAUCUAUCUCAUCUACGGAACAUGUAGAUAAAUCUCUAGAAGGUUCCACUGAUGCAGCGACAGACACUACUGGUGGAAGUACUAAAAGUAGUACAGAUACACAAACGACACUGCCUGAUCACGAUAACAUGCACGCUGGUACUGUUGACAGUGCAACCACUCCUGAGAGAAGAACAACACCAACUGAUGACCACACUCACACACAUCACUACACACCAACACAAACAGGUCGACACACACCAGAAGAAAUAACACACACAACGGAAGAAGAUACAAAUCACAUACCAGAAUAUGAAGAUAGAAGAGAAAAUGAGAUAGAAGGGAGAACUCCCACGUAUGAGAUUGGUAUCGGGAGUGAACUAGAGAGAUCGAGAGGAAGAGGACAUCCAGAUUACAAUGGUUAUGAUAUAACGACCAAAUGGUAUCAACCGAAGACAACUGAUAAUAGAGUUGUGCCUCCAGAGUCCGAGUUUUUUGCAACAAUUGUUGGCAUAGUGGCGUCAGUUUUAAUAGCAAUAAUACUGAUUGUAAUCAUCGUGCUCAAGUAUAUUGUGUUCAAACUUCCCUCAUACAAGGUUACGGAGGAUAAAAGUUAUCAGCAGGGUGCUAGCGCUGCGUUGCUUGGAAAUCAGGCACACUCAAGUUAUCAGAGUGGAGCUUCAAGUGGUAUGACCGGUGGAGCAGUAAGAAACCUUCAGCCGUUACCACUGAACAGGAACGGUACUGCGCCGACCGCACCUUUACCACCACAACCGGUCAAACGUGACGGUAUUAAAGAGUGGUACGUGUAAACUAUGUGAUCAAAAACUCUUCGGGCAUAUCAAAGACAGUAGUAAUAAAUGAGUGAGUGUAUUCCGUAGUCGCUUGGACCCUUAACCUCGCAGAUGUCGAUCUGGAGAUGAUAAUGUCAAUAUACAAGAUGUAUAAACUAGGCGUUGGUAAUAUAUAGCAAUGAUUGAAUUAAAUAUUAGUUACCUAAUAUAAGUAUAACAUUGACAUUAAAAGCCCGGCUGAAAUAAAGUUAUAUAUACGACUGGUAUGAGCCAUAUUGAAGUUAGUAAAGAAAUUUUUUUUCGCCAUCAAUAUCAAAUCAAGAGAAACCCAAUAUAUAGAUAUCGAAUCGGUAUCGAUAUUACCAAUGCCUAGUAUACCAGCGGUUGGAGCUAUAAAUGAAAAUGAACGUAUGUUUGUUGAUAUAUGAACAGAUAGGUCGCUUUAUGAAGUUAAGACGAUACUGUAAGAUGAAGUACUGACUGACUCGCAAGUGUUUAGUAUUGUAAAUAAUAAUUAUUGUAAUGUUAUUAGUAAAUCACUUGUGCGAUCGGACUUGAAAUUUUGACGAUAUCAAAUACAUUAUGUGACAUUAACAUUAUAAUCUGGAAUUGCAUUAAUAGCAUGUAUUAUGUAUAAUAUAUUCCGAUUGGUUCUUUAAUUUGUUUCAUCCGCAUCGAUUAUUCUUAAUUCAGCCGUGUUUCACUGUAUAUUGCUAUCAUAUUGCAUUACAUGUAUUUGCAUGUUAACUUUUCUAUCUACAUUGCCUUUCAUAGUUUAAUAAAUAACAGUAAGACUAAUUAAUUAAUCGGUUUUAGGCAGUAUUGUCAAUUCUCGUAGUUGGACGUUGAUUUCUUUUUUUUUUUGUAUUAUUAUUGUCGACGCAAAUUUUUAGUUUAUUGCAACUUAAUAUUAUAUAUAAUAUUGAUUAUAAUGCUACUUUAUUGAUAAUUAUGGAAGUAUAGAAAUAAAAAUAUGUACCAAUAUACAGGGUUUAUAGAAAAUUUCUGCAGUCUUCUGAAGUAGUGGAUGUCUUCAGAAUAAUCAUUCAUUCAAUGUCAUAAUGAUAUGUAUAAUAUAAUCAUACCUACUAUACAAUCUUGUAUUGAAAAUGAUUGUUCAUAAAACAGCAGAAAGAAUAUUUUAAGAGUUUUUAUUUGGAUUUAUUCCUUCAUAUGAAGCAUAAAAAAUAAAUAUUGAAAAAUUCUUGUAAUUAAGUUUACUUAAAUAAAAACAUUCUUAUUCUUUCUAUUCUUAUCAUUUAGGUAAAUUAUGAUAAUUUAUCAGAGUUAUCUCGAGGGUUUGACCAGGUUACAAGAGUCGAAGUUACGAGUAGAUUUACUGUUACCAGAAGUACUUUUUUUCUACUCACUCAUUGUCCCUUAUCACAAAAAUUGUAUUCUUAUACUGAGAGAGAGAGAGAGGUUUCUGCACACAGGUAAAUUUGUCUAAGUUUAUUUAAAUUCAUAAAGUUACCUAAUAGCUUCUUAAAACCCAUAAACUAAAACAUUAGAAUGUCUUAAUUUUAACUGUCACAAUUUAAAUGUACUAUCCUUAAUGGUAUCAAAGUGAGAUAAAAUUUUGUAUACGUAGAUAUUGUAAGGAGAUAUUGUAAUAUGUUUUGAUGACUAUAAUGUUUGCAUUGAUUUGUUACAAGAUUUUAUUAUAUUCGGAGCAGUUUGAUGAAUUCUUGGGACAUUUUAUAAAUAUUUUUCAAUUAUUACAUUUUAAUUUACAUAUAGAUUUAGAAGACUGCAGAACUGAAACCCAAAUAUAUUUAUGUUUUUCUAACUCAACGUCCAAUUUAGAUAAUUGACUAUUUGUUAAUAUCCUAAUAAAUCAAAAUUGCUAAUAAAAUUUGGGGCUGCCAUCACGAAAAUAAAGCAUAUCGUUCAAUUAAAAGACUACAGUAACUUUUACAAUUUCAAUAAUCUCUCCUAUAUUUAUUAGGUCUUAUACAAUAUUUUAUUAUUAGGAUCGGGUGCGGAGAGUAGCGAUAUAGGGAAUGAAAUCAUUAAUAUGAGACUUAAGAACAAAUCGGCUUGUAUCUAGACCAAACAAUGUUUGUACAUUAUCGUAGAAUGUGUAACAACAUGAGCUUUUAGAUUUGGUACGGAUUGUAUUAGAAUUAUUGAGUUCCUUGCACAUUUGUUUGUUCAGAUCCAUUGCUCAAUGUCUGUCCAAUAGUUGUUUCAAACUUCCCACCUAAUCUCAAUUCUAUCAAACUUAAUAUAUCACCAUAUGUUAAUAAACAAGAUAAUGAACUAAAACGUGCUACAGAAUAUUAAGACGCAAUCGAUGAAGUGCACAUAAAACAAUUUUUAAAUAUAACACUGAUGUUUCUAGAAAAAACUUCUCAAAACAGAAACGAAUAAUGAUUAGAAAAACAACGUAUUUCGUGGAAUAUAUUUAAUCUUUACCCUCGGUAUUGAAGUAUACUUUGAUGAUCAUGAUUUAAUGAGUAUGAAAUGAAAUGAAAAUAAUUUUCUUAACGGCUACCUUCUUUUCCAGAAGGCUUCUUUCUUUUCAAAUAAUGAAUUACUUGAUUCCUAAUGCGUCUAAAUUAUUAAUUGCAUGUCGGGUUCUCUUGGAAGGAUCACGAUUAAAAAAAAAGGCUUUUAUAUUUUUACAUUUAGAAUAAUCGUAUUUACAUCCACCGUCCCAUUUUCCUCUUUCCGAUUAAAAAAAAAUACUUGAAUUAGCUUUAAAAUAGAACGAAAAAAAUGUAAUAUUUAUAUAGAUUGUUACAAAGCACAGGUUCUAGAUAAUUGAAGUUGCAUUUAUUGUAAAUAGUUACAAUUAUGGUAUGGUUAAAUUAAGCAUAAUGUAUGGUGUAUAUCGAUCACACUCGUUUUAUGGCACAAAAUGUUAGUAUCAAUUUGUUUAUCUGUCAAUUUUAGUGGUAAUUUAAUGGUUAAUAUGGUUGAUCAUUUGUACCGUGUUACCGUUUUAUUAAUGGUUGUUGUAUCAGCCAUUAAUUGCCCACCGCUGAACAUAGCCUUGCCAGUAAAUUCCACGCUUGGCAGGCGAUUUGGCAACUGCAGUUUGGCUUUUAGAGAUAUUUUAAAAGGGACGCUGCUGCCCAUCCCUCCACCAUAAGCUCCCAUAGUCGCCUCUAAAGACAUCUUUGGGAAAGGAAGGGGUGGUCUAUUCUAUUCCGGACCUAUACGGCUGAUUAAUGGCUGAUACAUGCGGCUGAUUAUUAUUAAUAGUAAUAAUAAUAAAAUUGACGUUGUUUUCUAUUCGCAACUAUAUAUUGUAUGUUAUUAUACAUUAUUUAGUAAAUAUUAAGUUCAUUCACUCCAUUUCUUGUUUUCGCUAAGCAAACGUUCCAAUAGUCUUCGUUCAUCACUUUCAUAUGUCAAAGAUCCAAUGGAUUGAUAGUUUCGAAGACUUUUGACUUAUCUUUAAAAUAAACAAUACCAUUACGUAGAUUUUUUAUUCCCAUUUUAGAUUUUUUUCUCCAUGGACUUUGUUUUCAAUAAUACUUCAUGAAUUCAGGUCUUGAUUCAUUCAUGCCAUUCUUUCUAAAAAGUCAAUUUUUAUUAUAUUGACAAAAGGGGUUAGUACAGGUUCCUUAUUAAAGUUUUUUUCUUUCCCCUUGUUAUUUGUGAUCGUGUAAAAUAAUGAUUUUUUAUAGAAUACCAUUUUAACUCCGCCUGCGCUAUCGAUAUACGUUGGCAGGGUACCAGUUACAGAUGAUAGGUGAAGAAUACCCAUUAUGACGAAUUUACUAAGUAUGGUCCACGACCUGACCCCAUAUCAUUCUCCCCAAACUUCGAAACAAAAGAAUCUAUCUUCAGAACAGUUCAGGGAUCAAUCGGUUAAUCAAAAUGGUGAUUAAAUUUAAUUUAGUAGUUACUUGUAAAUUAAUUAUUAAUUAUAAAUAAUAUACAGUUGCGAUUUUAGAAAGUAACGUUCACUUAUUAUUACAUUUUGUUUGUUAAACCAUAUUUAACUGAAGUUGUUGUUCACUCGGCCUCGGUCGGACCAAGUUUCUUUUUUCAUGCAAAAGCGACAGUUUUUGAAAUAAUAAUUAUAUUAUGUAAAUUAUAA